AUAAAGGCAGCAGUCUAGCCUAUAUACAUAAGAUUUCCAAAAUCAUAAUACCAUGUUGUCGUUGAGUUUCCCUAUUGCACUCACAAAUACACUAAUAACUUAUCCUCCAAAAAAAACCAACCAUGCUUCUUCUUUUUCUUCUUCUCAUUACCAUUAUUCAUGUUUCCAAUCACACCUAUUCUACUCUCAACCUCUGACCGUUACCAAAAGUCGCACUAUGGCUGAUGUUCCAAGUUUUGCAAACGUGGUACUUGAGGACGAGGUGGAAGAGGAGCAGAUGCCUGAGGAACUAAGGGAGGAGAUGAUGCCGAAGCAUGUGGCGGUGAUUAUGGACGGGAACAGGAGGUGGGCGAAAAUGAGAGGGUUGCCGUUGUCCGAGGGACACUUAGCUUGCAUGAAGACGUUGAAAAGAGUGGUGAAACUGUGUUUAGCAUCGGGGGUUAAGAUUCUCACUGCUUUUGCGUUUUCUACAGAAAACUGGGUUCGAUCCAAGGAGGAGGUUGAAUUCUUGUUCAACGUCUUAGAAAGAACAUUGAGUUCUGAAGCUGAAGCAAUCACUAGAGAAGGAAUUAAAUUAUCUGUGAUUGGAGAUAUGUCAAAGCUUCCCAAGUAUCUACAAAAAAUGAUAACUAUUGUUAAAGAGAGCACAAAGAAUAAUUCAAGAUUUCAACUUAUUGUGGCAAUUAACUAUGGUGGGAAAUAUGAUAUAGUCCAAGCAUGUAAAAGUCUAGCUAAGAAAGUGCAAGAUGACAUUAUUCAUUUAGAAGAUAUUAAUGAAAAGAUAAUUGAAAAAGAGUUGGAGACGGAGUUUUCUAACCCUGAUUUACUAAUACGGACAAGUGGAGAACUUAGACUAAGUAAUUUCUUAUUAUGGCAAUUGGCAUAUACAGAACUUUACUUUACUUCACAGCUUUGGCCAGAUUUUGGAAAAGACGAGUUUGAAGAAGCCAUAAGUUCAUUUCAACAGAGACAAAGACGUUAUGGUAGACGACAUUAAUUCAUCUUCAACUCUCAAGUAAUAUAUGUAUGCUAUAUAAUUAUUUCCCCCAAUAAUAAUAAUAAUUGAUGUGAUCCGCAAGUGCACGAAAAAUAUUAUAGUAAUAAAAGAUUGUCGAAUUAA